CAACAGUCUCGUGAGAAGUUGGAUGUAGCCCCAGGACCCUGGUGUCAGGCCUUUCUUUAGGAGCUGAAUUUCUGACUUGACUUGCACAUUGAGGUAGGAGGGAACCUGGCCAAGCAGAACAGCCAGCAGCCCUGGAAUGAAGGGCAGAUACAGCACACUCCCAAGGAGGGAGCAAUUCCUGAGGCUGUUUGGGGGGUGCUCUUAACAGUCCCCAGUCCCCAAGGGAGAGAGGCUCUGCCACCUCCUUGGGCCCAGAGCCCGGAGCAAAAUGCAGCCCAAGGGCCUCGAGGGUCCCCAGGCGGGGGUCCGGCGGCCUCUGCUGCCCGCUCUGUACCUGCUGACGGUCGUGUUCUUGCUGGGGCCUGCCCAGCCAGCCAACGCGGCCCAGACCACGCCCAGCAGCUCCAGCGCCCCGACUUUGCCCAGCACCCCCAGCACCCUGCUCACAACGGGCACCCCCAGUGCCCCAACUAUGUCAGGCCUGGGUCUGCGAGAGCGUGCUCGGGCCCUGAUGAGGGACUUCCCGCUUGUGGAUGGCCACAACGACUUUCCCUUGGUCCUGAGGCAGCUUUACCAGAAAGGUCUACCGGAUGUUAACCUGAGAAACUUCAGCCAUGGCCAGACCAGCCUGGAUCGCCUUAGAGAUGGACUUGUGGGUGCCCAGUUCUGGUCAGCCUACGUCCCCUGCCAGACUCAGGACCAGGAUGCUGUGCGCCUCACCCUGGAGCAGAUUGAUCUCAUUCAUCGUAUGUGUGCCAACUACUCUGAGCUGGAGCUUGUGACUUCAGUUAAAGCUCUGAACAGCACCCAGAAAUUGGCCUGUCUCAUUGGCGUAGAGGGUGGCCACUCACUUGAUAGUAGUCUGUCUGUGCUACGCAGUUUCUAUAUGCUGGGAGUACGCUACCUGACGCUCACUCAUACCUGCAACACACCUUGGGCAGAGAGCUCAUCAAAGAAUGUCCACCCAUUCUACAGCAAUGUCAGUGGACUGACCAGCUUUGGUGAGAAGGUGGUAGCUGAAAUGAAUCGCCUGGGCAUGAUGGUAGAUUUGUCCCAUGGCUCAGAUGCUGUAGCACAACGGGCCUUGGAAGUGUCACAAGCACCUGUGAUCUUCUCUCACUCGGCUGCCCGGGGUGUGUGUGAGAAUGCUCGAAAUGUUCCUGAUGACAUCUUGCAGCGUCUGAAGAAUAACGGUGGCAUCGUGAUGGUAUCCUUAUCUGUAGGGGUGCUGCAGUGCAACAAAUUAGCCAACGUGUCCACAGUGGCAGAUCACUUUGACCACAUCAAGGCAGUCAUUGGAUCCAAAUUCAUCGGGAUUGGUGGAGAUUAUGAUGGCACCAGCCAGUUCCCUCAGGGGUUGGAGGACGUGUCCACAUACCCAGUGCUGAUAGAGGAGUUGCUGCGCCGGGGCUGGAGUGAGGAAGAGCUUCAAGGAGUCCUUCGAGGAAAUCUGCUGCGGGUCUUCAGACAAGUGGAGCAGGUACGGGAUGAAAAGCAGUGGCAAAGUCCUUUGGAGGACGUAUUCCCAGAAGAACAGCUGGGCAGUCUGUGCCGUUCCAUCCUCCAGCGUCAGCCUCUGAGACAUCUGGUCUCAGACCAGAAAGUAACUGAGAUCCCUGUCCAUUGGACACCCAAGUUGUCACCAAGGUGGUUAUUUUCAAAGUCCCCCCACACAGUCCCAAGCUCUACUGUUGUUGCCAUGUUUGUUGUUGCCAUAUUUCCAGGCCUUAUUUUGUGGCUCUGGUGACCUAGUUUGCCCUGAUAGAUGUCACUCUGGCCCCUUGAUCCCUAUGAAGCUCCCCACUUGUGCAGGCACAAAUAAAUCUUUUGGACAUGGAACCAGA